CCCAACAGUGCGUCACACCGUGUGGAAUCUCUUCUUCGGGAGAAUCAUGGCGGGGUUUGGUUAUCUGUUCAUUCCAACUGUGCUGCAGCGUAUCUCGUCCACCAGGUCACUCAGGGAGACCAGAAGGGCUAUCCUUGUCACCAUCCCCGCUUUCCCUAUUAUCCUGCUGAUGGGCCUAGCUCAGGGGAUUGUCGCAUACGGCUACUAUGACCACAAACGAUGCGAUCCGGUGGCGUCAAAGCAAAUCAGCUCUCUCAAUCAGAUACUCCCCUUUUUCACCUUGGACCUGUUCCACAAUAUACCCGGAAUGUCAGGAUUCUUCCUAGCAGCCCUUUCCAGUGCCUCCCUCAGCACUAUAUCGUCCUGUCUGUCAGCUGUUGCCCAUAUCACAUGGCACGACAUCGUCAAACCCUGCAGACCAAAUAUGUCAGAGUUCAGAGGAGUCCUAGUCGCCAAAGCAACAGUGGUGAUGUGUGGCGUUCUCAGUUGCAUAUUGGCUGUUGUCGUCUCUGAAGCUGGAACGAAAACCCUGAACCAGAUCGUCUACACCCUACUGUCCAUUGCUAGAAGUCCUUUGAAUGCUCUGUUCUACCUAGGAGCUUUGUUUCCGUUUGUCAACACUAAGGGUGCCAUCACAGGCCUGCUGGCAGGUGUUAGCCUCAUGCUGUGGUUGUCCAUAGGAUCCAUGUUCUCCUCUGCCGGAUCAGCCAGCACCUACCUUCCUUCGGCCCCAACAGACAACUGCCCAGGGUUCAAUGUGACUUCAUCAUCCUUUGUCAAUUUUACCUCCACCAUCGUCCAGGAACAGAAUGAAGUCAUCAAAAGCAGAUCUGACCUGGAUACCCUGUACAACCUUUCCUACACGCUGUUCUCCACGAUGGCUAUUGGGACUGUAUUGCUGGUCGGGUUGGUUACCAGUUUCCUGACAGGGGGCAACGAGAUGCCAAUUGAUCCCGACUGCCUCAUCCGUCUGGAGGACAUCCAGUGUUGGUGUGUACCCGACUCACUGAGGACAACGCCCAAACCCACAAGGUCGCGGGACUACGAACUGACGCCAGUGGAAGGUGAUCUUGUGCUUGGUGAAGACUUUAGUGUGGACAAGAGAGUUCCUACACGUUCCUUUAUUGCUACCGAAGCUGUACUGGCAGGGCACAGUAAUAUGUGACAACUGGAUUGUUAAACUGCUGCGAAUUAUACGUGUGUGUCUGAUUCGUUAUUCCUGUAUUAUAAUCCGUAUGAAAAUAUGCAGUUAAUAAACAAAUAACCUUCAAGUCCGUUAACUUACUCUUUUAUCUACACUUAAAUGACAUAUUGUAUCUGGGAAGUGUUAGACUGUCUUCCUUCCUGCAAACGACUGGCAGUC